AUGGCAGGCGUAUUAUUUGAGGAUAUCUUCAACGUCAAAGACAUGGACCCUGAAGGAAAGAAAUUCGAUCGAGUUAGUCGAUUACACUGUGAAUCGGAGUCGUUCAAAAUGGACUUGAUUCUUGAUAUCAAUUCGUGGGUUUAUCCAAUGGAGAUAGGUGAUAAGUUUAGAUUGGUGCUUGCGACGACUCUUAGAGAGAACGGGUACCCAGAUGGAGGAGAAUGGAAUCCUCUGGAAACCGAGGGAAACCGUGCAGACAGCUUUGAAUAUGUCAUGUCGGGGAAAGUUUAUAGGAUAGAAGGAGAUGAAGCCGCGAUGGAACCUGCCUCCAGACUAGCCGCAUAUGUAUCGUUCGGUGGUCUCCUAAUGAGACUGCAAGGAGACGCAAACAACUUGCACGGGUUUGAAGUCGACCAGCACAUGUAUCUUUUAAUGAAGAAAUUGGCUUUCUAAAUUUAGUAACAAUUAUGUAUAAGAGUUUAAUUUAAGAUAAAAUAAGUUUAUUAAUUUUACAAUUUGGGCUUUCUUUUACUUGGCCUCGCUCAAUAACACAUCAUUUGGCAUAACAAGCUUUAGCGCAGUGUGUCCAUACUAAACGUCGUCAGUAGACUAGAAAAUAACGCGUCUGUAAUAAACAAUGUAACUUUCAGAACAGACAGAAGGGUAACGUCAAAUGUGGUCUACCCCAAAUAAAUACUUUUAAUUCGUUUUCGUGUUUGUAAUAUGGACAGUCAAUUUGAAUAAUUAAAAUGGUAUAUUGCAUUUUGAACAAAACGUGAUAAUACUAAGGAAAUUCAUGUAUUACAGCGCCCUCCUGUGUUCAGUGGCGUAACUAUUGCAAUACCACCAUCUAUUGAUAACUUUUAGCAUUAAUAUAUUACGCUCUUUAAAAUAGUUCAUAAAUUUGAUACUAGAUGGCUGUUUUUACAAAAGUAUUCAUCCUUGCCAAUAGAUGGCGCUAUAGAACGUAUUGUUGUCAAAUGGAGACUUGUUCCCAGAACUACUGCUGUGAUGCAAAUAGAAAAUAAUUCACAUGCAAUUUUUUAAAUAUUGCUUUCGUAUAUAAAUAAAGUUAUUAAUAGUAUGGUACAGACGUGUGUCAAGCAUUUAAUUCAGUAGAAUAAGAUAUUUGUAAGGCAUAAAAGUCAGGACUCUACACUUGACCCUGUUAAGAUUUAAAUCAAUUCGGUGUGUCAAACUUGGUGUGUUCUUGACUGUAUUCCGUUACUAGGUAUAUUGUCUAUUAAUAUCUAUGAUAAUGUUCACUGCAACUUAUUAUGAUAUUUGUAGGCACCUAAGAAUUGGACAAGUUAGUACUUUAGUUAGGAUUAUUUACAAAUGACAAAUCACUAUCAAAAAGACGAAGAAAACGACCGCAAUCCAAAAGUAACCCUCAAAGUGCGUUCACACGCAUGACUUCACGCAGCGCGCACGUGGCAGUAACGAGCUCUGCGCGAGUGUGAGCGCGCCUUAUUGGCUUCGUUCGAAAUUUGAAUUGUUCUUUGUUCACAUUUUUAAUUGCUUGUUGUUUUUGCAACUUGGGUACUGAAAUCAAUAAAGAACCUUCUAGAAGCAUUCAAUACGGUACACUUCGAUAUUUAAACAAUAUUCCAGUUUGUAGAGUUGAUGCAACACGUACUAUCUAUUAUUUCUUCUAUUUAUUAUCAACGUCAUUCCGGUCUUAGUUUCAGCAGUACAUUAAAUUUGUCGUGCUCUUUAAAACAAAAUAUGUGUAAAUAACUUCAGAUCUAUAAGCGACUGUACCUGUGCUAAGAAGGGCGCGAAAAUUAGUUCAAUUUGUCGCAAAAUGGCGCGCGAAUAACGAGCUGCCAGUAAUUACGGCCGAUGCCGACAGCGUUCCAAAUAUGAAUUUUAAAAACGAAGUUCCUUAAUUAGGAGGGACGCAAUUCGGAAACUUCGAAAACUUAAUAAUGUGGAGUUUUAGGUAUACCAGAAAGUUAUUCU